GGCAAUGCUCUUCUUCACCUUACAGUAACGUAGUUUGGUGUCUGGAGGAGGAGAAAAACAAAGGGAUAGAGAUUAGAGAGCGCUUUGUACAUAAUCUUCUUCUUGCUUCUUGCUUCUUGCUUCUUGUUUGUUUUUUCUUGUUGUUGUAUAGAACAGUGGUUACUCGUAUAAGCCGCCGCCUAUGGCCACAAGAGGGUUGGUAUUGUAUUUGCUGUCGGGUUUUUCUGUGGCUGUUCUCUCUACAAUCAUCUUCGUCGAUAAAAAUGCCGGAGACCCCUCAAACAACAUCUUACUCAGUUCUCCUCACAUGUCCACAACCGAAAAAGUUUGGCCAAAAUUGGAGCUUAGUUGGAGACUAGCGUUGGCUACGGUGAUAGGAUUUCUGGGAUCGGCAUGUGGAACUGUAGGCGGCGUUGGUGGCGGAGGCAUUUUCGUGCCUAUGCUUACUUUGAUUGUUGGAUUUGAUACCAAGUCUGCUGCUGCCAUCUCCAAAUGUAUGAUCAUGGGGGCAUCAGCUUCAUCAGUUUGGUACAAUUUAAGAGUGCCUCAUCCAACAAAGGAAGUGCCCAUUAUAGACUAUGAUUUAGCUCUUCUCUUUCAGCCCAUGCUUAUGCUUGGCAUCACCAUUGGUGUUGCCUUGAGUGUUGUCUUCCCUUAUUGGCUAAUCACUGUCCUUAUCAUCAUACUCUUUUUAGGCACCUCUACCAGGUCUGUCUUUAAGGGAAUUGAAAUGUGGAAGGAAGAGACAAUUUUGAAGAAAGAAAUGGCUAAGCAACAAGAAACUGUGGUUAACUCGAGGGGAGAACGUAAGAUUCUCAGACAAAUAAUUCAUUUAAUAUUUGUAAAUAAUUUCUUUUAUGUAUUGGGAUUUGUUGUGAUAUUUCUGGGAUAUGCAGUUCUAGUUGAUACAGAAUAUGAGCCAUUGGUUCCUAAAGAAGAGAAAUCAGAAUUUCAAACCAUGUGCUUCAAUCUUAAGUGGAAAAGGCUUUUGGUGCUGGUGCUUGUUUGGGCUUCUUUCCUCCUCCUCCAGGUUUUCAAGAAUGAUGUGGCAGUUUGUAGUACAUGGUAUUGGGUGCUCUUUUGUUUACAGUUUCCCAUAGCACUUGCAGUGUUUGGACAUGAAUCAGUAAAAUUGUACAAAGAACACAAGGAGAGGGUUAGCACAGGCAAUACAAUGUCAAUUUGUGAGGCUUCAAUUGCAUGGACCCCAAUGCAUAUUGCUUUCUGUGCACUGUGUGGAAUCAUAGGAGGCACUGUUGGUGGUCUGCUUGGAUCUGGUGGUGGAUUCAUCCUGGGCCCACUACUUCUUGAGAUUGGUGUCAUUCCACAGGUUGCCAGUGCAACAGCAACAUUUGUGAUGUUGUUCUCAUCAUCCUUAUCAGUUGUGGAGUUCUAUUUGCUUAAGAGAUUCCCUAUACCCUAUGCUUUAUACCUCAUGGCAGUGUCUGUUCUGGCUGGCUUCUGGGGACAGUUCUUUAUAAGGAAGCUUAUUACAAUACUGAGAAGAGCUUCACUCAUCGUUUUCAUCCUCUCUGGUGUCAUUUUUGCCAGUGCUCUCACCAUGGGAGUCAUUGGAAUUGAGAGUAGUAUAGAAAUGAUAAAGAAUCAUGAGUUCAUGGGAUUCUUAGGUUUCUGCAGCAGUCAAUGAUCGUUGGCAAAUGUUGCCUCCUCUUUCAUCAAGGAAAUUUGAUGAAGCUAGAAUAGAAAGCAAUUGGAUAAUAUGGUUGGCCAGCACCUAGUUGUCCAACCCACUUCAAAAUUGUGAUUGGAAUAAUGGAGGAUGUGAGAUUUGCAGAGUGUUUGUGUAAUGUAUUUUUGAGUGUUAGCUGCUGGCUGACACCAUCAAUUCUAGAUUUCAUUUGUGCUUGUGCCUGUUAGUCUGUGUUAGCUCCUGGCUGACACCAUUUCAAUAAAAAAGAAUGUUUCAUGUACAACUCGAUUAAUAUUUAUUUAAUAAAUAAUAGUCUUUAUUGAUUC